AUGCCUUUGUGGACGCAAUUGGCAAAACGCCAGGCCCUACUUUUGUCGGUCUCUGCGUUUAGGCAUGGUGUCAGCGACAGGGAUAGGUGCAUGCAGGAGAAGUAG